CGCUACUCGGCAGGCCAGGAAAUUCUUGCCUUCUGACAUUCCUGCACAGGACUCUCACCUGGCUCAUGGCCUGAAGAAACAUGGCACUCUUUCCACUCCAAGAUGACAAGGAAGCGGCUUACAGCAAAAUCGAACCCAUCCUGGACAGCUCGAUAGGAUAUUCUGAUGAUGAUCCGCAUUAUCGGCAUCCAUCCCGCCGACAGCAACGACAUUCUUGGUUGCAGACGCUUCUCUACUCGGGUGUGCUGUGUAUCUGCUCGCUCGCAGCUUUCUUCGCAGGAAGUUAUACUGCGAGAUCCAUUGAUAGCAUCAAUGCAGAUGGCGAGCAUUCGCCUGUGCCAAAAAUCCCAUUUGAAUCCGUGACUUUUCAGCCCGACCCCAAGUUCAGUUUCUCCUCGAGCUUCUCAAACUCUUCUUCUAGCUCUCUUUCAGAAGCAGAAUCCGAUGCAGCCUGGACAUCCCUUCUCCCUAGCGGCGAAGGUUUCAUUUUCGUCGAGACGCCUGAGCAUUUUGGACUACCGCCUGGAAAGACACCAAAUAGAGACCAAAAAGGACGGGGAUCAGAAGGAGCAUUCUACGACCUCUCUGUCUUCCAUCAACUACACUGUCUGGUGAAGGUCAGGGAACAUGUAAGAUUGGUUGAGUUCGCCAUGAGUGAGAUGGUGAGAGAAAGCUCGGCUGGUGAUGGCAAGUUGGAUAUCAGCUCCCUCAAACGACUACUUCAGCCUUUGAAGCAGGAAAGGCAUAUGGAGCAUUGUUUUGAUUAUUUGAGACAGGGCAUCAUGUGUGCUGGGGAUAUGAGUUUGGAGGGUGUUAUUGUGUCCGAGGAGGAGAACGAUGGUAUGCUGAGGAGAAGUGGUAGUAGGGUGGUGGAUGGAUGGGGAAUGAAGCAUCAGUGUAAGAGUUGGGAUGCCAUCAUGGAGUAUGUACGCGCGAACGAGCAUGUUUGAAAAUCGAAGUGAAGAUUCGGAGAAAUCAGAUCAAGUGGGCAGAAAGAUACAGUUCUUCUUACCUGGAGGUCAUCGCCACGCGCUGAAGUGAGCCAGAAGUCGAUUUGACUUUGGAUCUGCUGCUGCGAAGCUUUCUCGCGCUAAAGCCAGCAAAGUCAACAGGCUUCGACCUAAAGUCCUACAAUUCAACACGAAACAGGCCACGAAGGUCAUGACAGCG